AUGAACAACCAUAAUAAUGAGGGAAAUGGUAGAAACAGGACUCAAGGUCCGAUGAUGUUGGCGACCUUCUUAAAGGUUAAUCCACCAAAGUUCAAGGGAACCACUAAUCCAACUGAAGCCGACACUUGGUUUCAAGCUAUGGAGCGAGCAUUGCAAGCGCAGUUGAGGACUCAGGGUCAGAGUAACUUCAAAAGGCCCAACAACAACAAUGUUCUAGAGAGGAGAUAUGGGAAGCAGCCCCUGAAUGAGCAGGCUUGUGCUAGAUGUGGGAGUUACCAUCCUGGUGUACCGUACAAGGCUGGAUGGGGAUUGUGCUAUUCAUGUGGUAAGCUGGGGCAUAAAGUCUCCAACUAUCUAGAGAAGCAGAGACAGGGUGCUGGGAGAGCACAGCAGCCUGGUCGGGUGUUUACUACCUCAGUUGUGGGUGCCGAGGGGUCCGAGACACUUAUCCGAGGUAAAUGUGAAAUGGCUGGUCAAAUUUUAAAUGCCUUAUUUGAUUCUGGAGCAUCGCAUUCUUUUAUUGCAUUUGGAAAGGCUAGUGAGUUAGGACUGAAGAUUGUGGUUUUGGGCUACAAUCUGAAGGUGUAUAAUGCCACCCAUGAAGCCAUGGGAACUAGGCUAGGAUGUCCGCAAGUUUCGUUUAGGGUCAAGCAGCAUGAUUUUGUACAUGAUUUUAUUUGCUUGUCGAUGACCGGUCUUGAUCUUAUCUUGGGGUUGGACUGGUUGUCUAAGAAUCAUGUCUUGUUGAACUAUUUUGAGAAAUCAUUACAUUUCAUGCCAGAAGGGUCAGAAGGGCCAGUUGUGGUGAAUGGUUGUUACUUGAACUAUGUGGUAGUAAAUUGUUCGGGGCAGGAAUGUCAAGGUGUUAUGCUAUUAGCUGCAAGUGUAUCGGGUGAGGAAUAA